AUGAAGCUGGAAAUGAUCAUGAAUCGAGAGAAAAAUCUUGAGCUUUUUGGAAAGCUCAUCCGAACAAAAAAGAUAGAAAAUCUGCAAGGUGAUCAACAAAGAAGCCAUCAACCUGCUGAUUCUAGUGAUGCUAAACAGAAAUUACAGAAGUGCCUGACGACUUUAGACUUGACGUCCCUUGGAGUUGGUUCCUGUGUUGGAACAGGAAUGUACCUGGUAGCGGGAAUGGUAGCUCGAAGUGUCGCUGGACCAGGAGUUGUUAUUUCAUUCAUAAUAGCAGCAAUCGCUUCUAUUUUUUCUGGUGCGUGCUAUGCCGAAUUUGGUGUCCGAGUGCCUCAUACAACUGGAAGUGCAUAUAUGUACAGUUAUGUGACAGUUGGAGAAUUAAUAGCAUUUAUAAUUGGAUGGAAUAUGGUUCUCGAAUAUCUUAUUGGUACAAGUGCAUGUGCUUGUGCCUUGAGUGCUUGCUUGGAUGCCCUGGUAGAUGGCGCUAUUUCUAGCGCAAUCGGCAAUGGUUUUGGAACAUUUUUUGGACGACCACCUGAUUUCAUUGCCUUUGUAAUUACAUUAUUGAUGAUGUUACUAUUAGUAGCAGGAGUCAGAAAAUCCUUAGUAUUUAAUAAUAUUUUAAAUGCUAUUAAUCUCGCUGCCUGGGUUUUCAUAAUGGCCGCCGGAAUGUUUUACGUCGACUCAAGUAACUGGUCUGAACAUAAAGGAUUUCUACCGUAUGGUUGGAGUGGGGUGUUUACUGGUGCCGCGACAUGUUUUUAUGCUUUUAUCGGUUUUGAUAUUAUUGCAACAACAGGAGAAGAAGCAACCAAUCCAAAACGAAGUAUUCCAUUAGCGAUAGUUACAUCACUUCUUAUCAUCUUAACUGCAUACGUAACAAGCAGCAUGGUUUUGACAUUAAUUGUUCCAUAUGAUCAAGUAGAUACAGAUUCAGCGCUAGUAGACAUGUUUGGCCAAGUUGGAGCGAACAAAUGCAAAUAUAUUGUUGCAGUUGGAGCAGUAGCAGGAUUAACUGUUUCUAUGUUUGGUAGCAUGUUCCCAAUGCCUAGAAUAGUCUAUGCUAUGGCUCAAGAUGGACUUAUUUUUCGUCAACUCUUACCUUUGACAGGCACUCCAGCCUUAGCGACUUUCACGUCUGGAGUUGCUGCUGCUUUUGUUGCACUUUUAAUCCGAUUGGAUGUCUUAGUGGAAAUGAUGUCAAUCGGUACUUUAUUGGCUUACACACUCGUAUCAACAUGCGUUCUUAUUCUCCGUUAUCAGCCCCAUUCAACAAAUUUAAUUGAGCUGCUACCUCAAAGCCUACGUACACCUUGUCGAUCACCACCAAAGGAGACGCAAAAUAAUAGCUCAACCACGUAUAGCAAAGAAUUACGUUCCGAUCAACUUACCAGUGCGUUGAACACGAUACAUGCAACUCAAACAGAACUUACAACGAAUAGUAAUGGUCAGCGGGUUACUGUCCGACGUGUUCGAAGAGCGAAUAGCUCGUCUCCAGAAUCAGACGAUACAUACGGUGCAGAAGAAGAUGACGUUGGUCUGGGUAAAGAUGACCAAUAUCUAGUCAGCGAUAGAACAGAAAAUAAAUUUUAUGGUAGCGUUCAUGCUGCCGCGGCUGCUUCUAGUUGUAGUAGCGCUCAUCAGUAUCCUGGAACCACUCCAAUUAUUGGACCUCCCUUGAAUUACAUUCAAAGACGAUUGCAGGCUGCUCAAUACUUAUGUCCAGCAAUAUUUCCAUGGGUAGAUCGAGGACCUGCGACUGAAGCCUCGGGUCGCUACGUCAUGAAGAUGGUUGCCAUACUCUAUUUACUUAUUUUGAUAUUCGACUUCAUUGUAGUGGUCGGUAUGGGCAAUAUGGGCACUUUUACGACAAUUCUCCUAUUUUCAUUUUUGUUUGCCAUCAUUGGAGUAUUGUUAGCAAUAAGUAGAAAACCCCAGAAUAGGAGCUCAGUUAUGUUUAUGACUCCAGGACUUCCGUUCGUACCAGCGAUAGCAGUAACCGUUAACAUUUACCUCAUAUUCAAACUCAGUAUUUUGACUCUAGUUAGAUUUACUAUUUGGAUGACGUUGGGUUUUAUUGUGUAUUUCUACUACGGAAUAAAGAAUAGCACUUUAGAGCAAAAAGAUUCGGAUGAUAUUAUUAAUUCCAGCGAAAAUGUUGGAAAUAUAGAAUUAAAAAUUACUGACCAUGCAGGCGUAUCCCCAUCUCAUCGACACGCGAAUGAAUCAGACCGCAGUAUUUACGAAGGACAACAACUAGAUGCUUUUGGGCAGCCUGUAUUUGGUAGCACUAACUUUGGUGGUAAACCAAGUAAUUCCGGUGCUACAGCGCAAUUACAUUCUACAUCCCAAGGUUUUUUUGUUCCUGAAAAUAAUUUUCCCUCUUGGGAUGAUUAA